AUGCGUGUCUUCUUCAUACUCUUCCUGUUUGGUGUUCUUGUUGAGUUAUGCAAUGGAGGAAUGACCAGUGGAUAUAUAAGAGGAUCUGAUUUACCCAAUGACAUGCCAUUAGACAGCGAUGUUCAUGUAACGCAAGGUAACCAUGAAGGUAAUGGAGUAAUCAUUUCAUGGGUUACUCCGGUUAAGCCCGGUUCMAACACUGUUCGCUAUUGGUAUGAGAAUGGGAAACCGAAAAGCCAAGCUGAAGCAACCGUUAACACUUACCGGUUCUUCAAUUACACGUCUGGUUACAUCCACCACUGCAUCAUCGAUGAUUUACAAUUUGAUAUGAAAUACUACUACGAAAUUGGGAGUGGGAAAUGGCGAAGGCGGUUUUGGUUCUUUACUCCGCCUAAACCAGGCCCUGACGUUCCUUACACCUUUGGAUUAAUUGGGGAUCUUGGACAAACUUAUGAUUCAAACAGAACAUUAAGUCAUUAUGAGAUGAAUCCAGGAAAAGGACAGGCGGUUCUGUUCGUAGGAGACUUGUCCUACGCAGAUCGCUACCCGAACCACGACAACAACAGAUGGGAUACUUGGGGAAGAUUUGUUGAGAGAAACGCUGCUUAUCAACCUUGGAUAUGGACUGCAGGAAACCAUGAAAUCGACUAUGUUCCUGACAUUGGUGAAACAGAACCAUUCAAGCCUUAUAUGAAUCGGUAUCCUACGCCAUAUAAGGCAUCAGGAAGUAUCUCUCCAUUGUGGUAUUCCAUCAAGAGGGCUUCGGCUUAUAUUAUUGUUAUGUCUUGUUACUCAUCUUACGGUAUAUACACUCCUCAAUACAAAUGGUUGGAAAAUGAGUUUCAAAGGGUAAAUCGAACAGAGACGCCAUGGCUUAUAGUCUUAGUACAUAGCCCGUUUUACCAUAGCUAUGUGCAUCAUUACAUGGAAGGUGAAACAUUAAGAGUCUUAUACGAGCCGUGGUUUGUCAAAUUCAAGGUUGAUGUUGUGUUUGCUGGUCAUGUGCAUGCAUAUGAGAGAUCGGAACGUGUUUCUAACAUUGCUUACAACAUUGUCAAUGGAUUGUGUAAGCCAAUAUCAGAUGAGUCCGCACCUGUAUACAUAACAAUUGGGGAUGGAGGAAAUUCUGAAGGCUUGCUUACUGACAUGAUGCAACCACAACCAAGCUACUCCUCCUUUCGAGAAGCUAGCUUUGGGCACGGGUUGCUGGAGAUUAAAAACAGAACUCAUGCCUACUUCAGCUGGAAUCGGAACCAAGAUGGGUAUUCAGUUGAAGCAGAUUAUGUGUGGUUGCUUAAUCGGUUUUGGCGAGGUACAAAGAAAAGCAAGAUCAGUGAUACACGAUGA